AGAGAGAGCCGCCUUCAGCAUCCAGCACCCGCCCCCCACUCCCUCCCCGCCCCCGUGCAGGGCUUGUUCAGGGCACAGAGGGCACCGCUGGCAAUGAGGGGCAUUGUGUCCAGGCUCCUGGGGAAGUACUCUCUCCCCAGCUGCUAAAGGCAUCCUGAGAUUGAAGAAGCAAAUCUGGUGGACCUGCAAGAGGAGUGAACUAUCUGGUUGGGAAAACAUACCCAACUGCAGGGCAAGCAAGACUGCUCCACAGCAUCUUCCAGUCAGGUUUUACUGACUCCUUGAAUACAGGCAACAGCAGCAUGAAAAUAAGUUGUAUGAAGAAGUUUCGAACAGAAAACAGGUCCUGCUGAGCUGAGCAUCGAAAGGAGAUUAGAGUGAGACAAGGGGAAGGUUGGACACAUAAUGCCUGAAGUAUGGAUGUGAAAGAACGUAGGCCUUACUGUUCCCUAACGAAAAACAGGCGCGAUAAGGAGCGUCGCUUCACAAGCUCGUCAGUAGACAACGACGAUUGCCGAGUACCCACUCAGAAAUCCUACAGCUCCAGCGAAACACUUAAAGCCUAUGAUCACGAUACAAGACUCCUGUAUGGCAACAGGGUCAAAGACUUGGUUCACAGAGAGGCUGAUGAGUACACAAGACCAGGGGCAAAUUUCUCCCUGAGGGAACUGGGAAUCUGUGAGCCUGCCACUCGCCGGGGGCUGGCGUUCUGUUCAGAGAUGGGGCUCCCCCACCGAGGAUACUCCAUGAACGCAGGCUCCGACGCUGAGACGGAGAAUGAAGGUGUGAUGUCCCCGGAGCACGCCAUGAGGCUGUGGGGCAGGGGGGUCAAAUCCGGACGCAGCUCCUGCCUAUCCAGUCGUUCCAAUUCAGCUCUCACACUAACCGACACAGAGCAUGAGAACAACAAGUCAGACAGUGAGAACGGUCCUCCCAUGCCAUCCUCCUCUUCCUCGUCCAGUCCAUCAGCCAUUGCGCAGUCUGGUUCCCCAGUUUCAUCGCCCAAUGCCAAUGGCAACCAAAGACGGUUGCUUGGCAACAGCAACACGCAGCCGGCUCAUGAAUCUGACACAGAUGAUGAGGAAUACAAUGCAAAUUCAUAUCUAGCUCAGGCCAGUUCAGGCACAGUGUGUGUGGCCAGUAAUGAGCAACCUCCCGCCCAGCAGAGCCAGUCGACGUUACAGCCGGUGCCCGCUGUGCACAAGCAGCAUCUGAGCCAGCAGCACCCUUCCAUCACCUCGCUCAACAGGAACUCGCUGAGCCAGAGGAGGAACCAGAGUCCGGCCCCCGCGGCCGUCCUACCCAGCGAGCUGCCCACCACGCCAGAAUCUGUUCAGCUGCAGGACAGCUGGGUUCUCGGCAGCAAUGUGCCACUGGAGACCAGAAAAUUAGCAAAGCAGGCAGUUCUUGAGAAUGGGCAUGACAACCUUAUAGAGAUGGAUGUUUUUACACCACCAUGUCACGAUGGGAGUUACGGGGACGGGCAUUUCCUCUUCAAAACUGGGACGGGAACAACGCCAUUGUUCAGCACAGCCUCACCUGGUUACACCAUGGCCUCAAGUGCUGUCUACUCACCACCUCCACGCCCACUGCCUCGGAACACGCUCUCCAGAAGUGCUUUUAAAUUCAAAAAAUCGUCCAAGUACUGCAGUUGGAAGUGCACAGCCCUGUGCGCAGUUGGUGUAUCAGUCAUACUGGCAGUGCUGUUGUCUUACUUCAUAGCAAUGCAUCUACUCGGCCUGAACUGGCAGCUGCAGCAGGUCGAGAAUUACAUGUUUGAAAAUGGAAAAGUGAAGACGGAGAGCUCACCAACUAAUGCAGUGACGUCAACUUCAGCCGAUAGUGGUAAACUUGGCAUCACCUAUCAAGAAAACAACACCAUAGAUUCAGGUGAGGUUGACUUGGGUCGGUGGAGGAUACAGGAGGUGCCUCCUGGUGUCUUUUGGAGAGCUCAACUUUUUAUUGAUCAGCCCCAGUUCCUGAAGUUCAACAUAUCUCUUCCGAAGGACGCAUUGAUUGGAGUAUAUGGCAGGAAAGGGCUACCUCCUUCUCACACUCAGUAUGACUUUGUCGAGCUCCUUGACGGCAGCAGAUUGAUCACCAGGGAAAAGCGUAGCCUGACUGAUUCUGAGCACCGAAGACGGCACAUCAGAGCAGUGAGCAUCCAAGAGGCCGGCUUCAUCCAGUACCUUGACUCAGGAGUCUGGCACCUGGCUUUUUACAAUGAUGGGAAAACUCCCGAGCAUGUGUCCUUUAAUACCAUUGUCAUAGAGUCUGUAGUGGAGUGUCCACGAAACUGUCAUGGAAAUGGGGAAUGCGUUUCUGGAGCUUGUCACUGUUUCCCAGGAUUCUUUGGACCUGAUUGUGCAAGAGCAACAUGUCCAAUAUUAUGUAGCGGUAAUGGCCAGUAUUCCAAGGGACGUUGCCUUUGUUACAGUGGCUGGAAAGGAACGGAGUGUGAUGUCCCCUCAACCCAGUGCAUAGACCCUUUGUGUGGAGCACAUGGCGUCUGCAUCAUGGGCUCCUGUGUUUGUAACUCAGGUUACAAAGGAGAAAUGUGUGAGCAAGCGGACUGCUUCGAUCCAGCCUGUUCGAACCACGGUGUCUGUAUCCACGGGGAAUGCCACUGCAGUCCAGGAUGGAGCGGUGCAAACUGUGAAAACUCGAAAACUAAGUGUCCCGAUCAGUGCUCUGGUCACGGGACCUACCUUCAGGAGAGUGGUUCCUGCACUUGUGAUCCCAAUUGGACAGGCACAGACUGCUCAGUGGAGGGUUGCCCUGGCCUUUGCAAUAGUAAUGGAAGGUGUACCCUUGACCAAAAUGGUUGGCAUUGUGUUUGCCAGAUGGGGUGGAGAGGUGCCGGGUGUGAUGUUGCCAUGGAGACUGCAUGCUCUGAUAGCAAGGACAACGAAGGAGAUGGUCUGAUUGACUGUAUGGAUCCAGACUGCUGCUUGCACAGCUCCUGCCAGAACCAGCCCUAUUGCCGGGGCUCACCUGAUCCACUGGACAUCAUUGGUCAAAGCCAGCAGCCCCCCUCGCAACAAGCUGCCAGGUCUUUCCAUGAUCGAAUUAAGUUUCUUAUUGGACCCGACAGCAGUCAUGUCCUGCCUGGGGAAAACCCUUUCAACAGGAGCCUGAGCUCCGUUAUCAGAGGACAAGUGCUUACUGCGGACGGAACACCCCUCAUUGGAGUAAACGUGUCCUUUCUGCACUAUCCACAGUAUGGCUACACCAUCACCCGGCAGGACGGAAUGUUUGACCUGGUGGCGAACGGUGGGGCGUCUCUCACUCUGUGCUUCGAACGUGUCCCGUUCAUCACUCAGCACCACACUGUGUGGAUCCCCUGGAAUGUUUUUCACGUAAUGGACACUAUGGUCAUGAAGAAGGAAGAGAACGAGAUUCCCAGUUGCGACCUGAGUGGAUUUGUGAGGCCAAAUCCCAUCAUCCUUGCGUCUCCACUGUCCACCUUUUUCCGGUCGUCUCCUUCGGAGAGCCCCAUUAUUCCUGAGACACAGGUGCUUCAUGAAGAAACAGAGAUUCCUGGCACCGAGCUGAAGCUAAUCUACCUCAGCUCACGUGCUGCUGGCUAUAAGCCAGUUCUGAAAAUCACAAUGACCCAGAACACAGUGCCAUUCAAUUUGAUGAAGGUUCACCUGAUGGUGGCUGUGGUGGGCCGACUGUUCCAGAAGUGGUUCCCAGCGUCACCUAAUCUGUCGUACACCUUCAUAUGGGACAAAACUGACGCCUAUAAUCAAAAGGUCUACGGCCUGUCUGAGGCGGUCGUUUCUGUUGGUUAUGAAUACGAGUCCUGUCUGGAUCUCAUCCUCUGGGAGAAGAGAACGGCUGUUUUGCAGGGCUAUGAAUUAGACUCUUCAAAUAUGGGUGGCUGGUCACUGAAUAUACACCACGUCCUGGAUGUUCAAAAUGGCAUCCUCUACAAGGGAAACGGGGAAAAUCAAUUCAUCUCUCAGCAGCCAGCUGUUAUCAACAGCAUCAUGGGCAAUGGACGAAGACGCAGCAUCUCGUGCCCGAGUUGCAAUGGCCAAUCAGAUGGUAACAAGCUCCUGGCACCCGUAGCUUUGGCGUGUGGCAUUGAUGGCAGCUUGUAUGUUGGCGAUUUCAACUACAUCCGCCGCAUCUUUCCUUCAGGAAAUGUGACGAGCAUUCUAGAGCUAAGCAAUAACCCGGCACACAGAUAUUUCCUGGCAACUGACCCAGUGACAGGAGAUCUGUACAUCUCAGAUACCAACACACGGAGGAUCUAUCAUCCAAAGUCCUUAGUUGGUGCUAAAGAUCUGACUGCAAACUCUGAAGUGGUAGCAGGGACUGGAGAACAAUGUCUGCCAUUUGAUGAAGCUCGCUGUGGAGAUGGAGGCAAAGCUGUGGAAGCUUCAUUGAUGAGUCCUAAAGGAAUUGCUAUCGAUAAGAAUGGUUUGAUCUAUUUUGUGGAUGGAACCAUGAUCAGAAAAGUGGACCAGAAUGGGAUAAUCUCCACACUGCUAGGCUCCAAUGACCUCACAUCAGCUCGACCAUUGACCUGUGAUACCACUAUGCAUAUAAGCCAGGUUCGCUUGGAAUGGCCAACAGAUCUCACCAUCAACCCAAUGGAUAACUCCCUCUAUGUUCUGGACAACAACAUUGUGCUGCAGAUCACGGAGAAUCAUCAAGUGCGGAUUGCUGCCGGUCGACCCGUGCACUGCCAAGUGCCAGGCAUUGAGUACACACUGGGGAAACAAGCAGUCCACACGGCUCUCGAAUCAGCCAGCGCCAUCUCGGUGUCCUACAGUGGUGUCCUCUACAUCGCAGAAACAGAUGAAAAGAAAAUAAACCGUGUGAGGCAGGUGACUACGGAUGGGGAGAUUUCACUGCUCGCUGGUGCACCCUCAGACUGUGACUGCAAGAACGAUGUCAACUGUGACUGCUACCAGACCGGUGAUGGCUACGCCAAAGAUGCCAAGCUCAACUCUCCAUCCUCGCUAGCCGUCUCCCCUGAUGGCAUGCUCUACAUUGCUGACAUGGGUAAUAUUCGGAUUCGAGCAGCCUCCAAGAACAAGCCAGUAUUGACAUCCAUGAAUUUGUACAAGGUAGCGUGCCCGUCAGAGCAAGAGCUGUACAUCUUUGACAUCAAUGGCACACACCAGUAUACCAAGAGCCUGAUAACAAACGACUACCUCUACAACUUCAGCUACAGCAAUGAAAACGACAUCACAUCUGUGACAGACAACAAUGGUAACACCGUGCGGAUCCGAAGGGAUCCCAAUCGCAUGCCAGUGCGAAUUGUGUCUCCAGACAACCAAGUGAUCUGGUUGACUAUUGGAACCAACGGAGGAUUGAAAGGCAUGACAGCCCAAGGUCAAGAGCUGGUUUUACUCACCUACCACAGCUACAGUGGCCUAUUGGCAACAAAAAGUGACAAGACUGGAUGGACAACUUUCUUCGACUAUGACAGUGAGGGACGAUUGACUAACGUUACAUUUCCUACCGGUGUGGUCUCAAAUCUCCAUGGGGAGAUGGAAAAGGCAAUAACAGUGAAUAUUGAGUCAUCCAACAGGGAGGAUGAUGUCACCAUUACCACCAACCUCUCUUCAGUGGAUGCCUUCUACACCAUUGUUCAAGAUCAGUUGAGAAACAGCUACCAGGUUGGUUAUGAUAGCUCCCUCCGGGUGAUGUAUGCCAAUGGCAUGGAUACCAGUUUCCAGACAGAGCCCCAUAUCCUGGCUGGCACAGUGAAUCCAAUCAUAGCCAAACGUAACAUCACACUGCCUGUGGAAAACAGUCUGAACCUGGUGGAGUGGCGAUUCAGAAAGGAACAAACUAGAGGAAAAAUCAGUAUCUUCGGGCGCAAACUGAGGGUGAACGGCAGGAACCUCCUCUCCAUUGACUUCGAUCGAACAACUCGGACAGAGAGGAUCUAUGAUGAUCACCGCAAGUUUCAGUUGAGGAUCGUCUAUGAUCAGUCAGGCCACCCAACGCUCUGGCUGCCAAGCAGCCGACUGACAGCCGUCAACAUCACCUAUUCCUCCACUGGCCAGAUCUCCAGUAUUCAGCGGGGCCCACUGGGCGAGAAACUGGAAUAUGACAACAAGGGGAGAAUUAUGUCCCGCAUGCUGACUGACGGAAAAACCUGGAGUUACACAUACCUCGACAAGUCCAUGGUGCUACUUCUGCACAGCCAACGCCAGUACAUCUUCGAGUAUGAUUUAUUGGAUCGUCUGUCUGCAGUCACGAUGCCCAGUGUCGCCCGUCACACCAUGCAGACCAUUCGCUCCAUUGGCUAUUACCGUAAUAUUUACAACCCCCCAGAGAGUAAUGCCUCCAUGAUUGUGGACUACAGUGAGGAAGGGCUGCUCCUGCAGACGGCUUACCUGGGAACAGGCCGGCGUGUGCUGUACAAGUACAGGCGGAUGUCAAAGCUGUCCGAGCUCCUGUACGACAGCACGCGGGUCAGCUUCACCUACGACGAGACUGCCGGCGUGCUCAAGACGGUCAACCUACAGAGCGAGGGCUUCAUCUGCACCAUCAGAUACCGGCAAAUUGGCCCCCUGGUCGACCGACAGAUCUUCCGUUUCAGCGAAGACGGCAUGGUGAACGCCCGCUUCGACUACAGCUACGACAACAAUUUCCGGGUGACCAGCAUGCAAGCCGUCAUCAACGAGACGCCCCUGCCCAUUGACCUGUACCAGUUCGACGACAUCUCCGGCAAGUUUGAGCAGUUUGGCAAGUUCGGCGUGAUCUACUACGACAUCAACCAGAUCAUUUCAACGGCUGUGAUGACAUACACCAAGCACUUCGACGCACACGGACGGAUCAAGGAGAUCCAGUACGAGAUAUUCCGGUCCCUCAUGUACUGGAUCACCAUUCAGUACGACAACAUGGGGCGGGUGACCAAGCGAGAGAUGAAGAUUGGCCCCUUUGCCAACACCACCAAGUAUGGCUACGAGUACGAUGUUGAUGGGCAGCUUCAGACCGUCUACUUGAACGAUAAAAUCAUGUGGAGGUAUAACUACGACUUGAAUGGGAACUUGCAUUUGCUGAACCCUGGCAGUAGUGCCCGCCUGACCCCACUCCGCUACGAUCUGCGAGACCGGAUCACUCGCUUGGGUGACGUCCAGUACAAGCUGGAUGAAGAUGGCUUCCUGCACCAGCGGGGGGGUGACGUUUUUGAAUACAACUCCAAGGGCCUCCUUACCAGAGUUUACAGCAAAGCGGGUGGCUGGAACAUCCAGUACCGUUACGAUGGCCUGGGGCGACGUGUCUCCAGCAAGACCAGCAUCGGUCAGCACCUUCAGUUCUUCUACGCUGAUCUGAACUACCCGAACCGAAUAACUCAUGUCUACAACCACUCCAGCUCAGAGAUCACCUCCCUCUACUACGACCUGCAGGGUCACGUCUUUGCGAUGGAGAUCAGCAGUGGGGAGGAGUUUUACAUUGCUUCCGACAAUACCGGCACACCACUGGCUGUGUUCAGCAGCAAUGGUCUGAUGAUUAAGCAGAUUCAAUAUACUGCCUACGGCGAAAUCUACCUGGACUCAAACCCUGACUUUCAGCUGGUGAUUGGCUUCCACGGUGGCCUGUAUGAUCCUUUAACAAAGCUGAUCCACUUUGGGGAGAGGGACUACGAUAUCCUGGCCGGGCGAUGGACAACCCCUGACAUCACCGUUUGGACAAAAGUCGCCUGUGACCCAGCACCGUUCAACCUUUACAUGUUCAGAAAUAAUAACCCAGUGGGCAAAGUCGAGAAUAUCAAGGACUACAUCACAGAUGUCAACAGUUGGCUACUGAUGUUUGGGUUCCAGCUCCACAAUGUUAUUCCUGGUUUUCCUGUGCCAAAGCAGGGCCUGGAAGAACCUUCAUAUGAACUUAUAAAGAGUCAAGAAUGGAACGAUGAACCGGUUUUUUCUGGAGUACAACAAACCAUAGCACGGCAAGCAAAGGCUUUCAUGGGCCUGGGGAAAAUGCCAGAAAUUCAGACUGGCAAACACCAAGCCAGUGGAGAGAAGCCAUGGCUCUGGUUUGGAACAGUCAAAUCUCUGGUUGGCAAGGGGGUCAUGCUUGCAGUGAAUCAAGGAAAAGUGACAACCAACGUGCUCAACAUUGCAAACGAAGACUGCAUUAAAGUUGCAGCUGUACUGAACGGAGCAUAUUACCUGGACAACUUACAUUAUACAAUUGAGGGCAAGGACACUCACUACUUCAUCAAAACUGCUUCACCUGAAAAUGACCUUGGCACUCUGCGGCUGACCAGCGGACGCAAGGCAUUAGAGAAUGGCAUCAACGUCACUGUUUCCCAGUCCACGGCUGUGGUGAGUGGCAGGACUCGAAGGUUUGCCGACAUCGAAAUACAGUACAGCGCUUUGUCCCUCCACAUUCGCUAUGGGACAACCCUGGAUGAGGAGAAGGUUCGGAUACUGGAACAGGCCAGACAGAGAGCGCUGGUGAGUGCUUGGACCAGAGAACAGCAGAGAGUGAGAGACGGCGAGGAAGGAAUCAGGUUAUGGACAGAAGGAGAGAAGCGACAGCUGCUGAGUGCUGCCAAGGUGCAAGGAUAUGAUGGGUACUAUGUACUCUCUGUGGAGCAAUACCCAGAGCUAGCAGACAGUGCAAACAAUAUUCAGUUCUUAAGACAGAACGAAAUAGGAAAGAGGUAACACACAGGCUAGUUGGUGGCUGCCAAAGAGAUAAACUUAACACUGUCUUCUCUUUCUUGGAGAACAGAAUAUUAGUUUUGCUGCCCUUAGUUAUCACAUGGUUAACUGAGGAAACUGAAGUGUAACUGAAGCUUGCGCUAGACCUCUGUUCAGAUCUAUUUGUAGCACAUGUUCUUUCCUAGAGCUGUUGAACUUGGUGGAACUCUUUUUUUUCUACUCGGCUGGAGCCUACAAAGAUGAAGCAACGUGGUUCCUACAAACAGAAACUUCAAAUCACCCCUUGAUAAACAGGAUUGUCAACUGCUUCAUAAAAUAAUUGUUUACAGUUGAAUGAUACUACACUCAGACCCAAGGUUGGACUAACAUGUAAAAAGAAAAGUUUAACUGUUUUGUACUUGGCCAAAUCUGUUGACUGUUUUCUGUUGUUUAAGAAACACUGUAAUAAACAUUAGAAUCAGUGUCCGGAUACAGAAACUGUGUAUUAUGACAUGAGUAAUCUUUGCUUACCAGAAAUAGUCUUACUCUUUUCCUCACAGUAAAUGCUGUAAACACAUUGGAUUUGUGGCACAGAACAAACUCAACAAUUUCAUCACUAUAUUGUGGAGUGAGGGGCCUCCUCCUGUUUUCAACUGUGCUGCUUUAUACAAUGACAAUUUGUGCAAAGUAGUGUUGACUCUGGCAACAACAGACAGUUGCUCUUCUCGAUUUUGCAAUGCCAUGGGAUUUGCCUUGGGAGGUUACACAAACGUACAAGAUCACCCUCACAGCAAAGCAAAGGAAAACUUUUUUUUUCUUUUUUGUAAAGUGUGUGAGACCAGUACCUUAUGGAGUUUUUAUAUGAAUUCCAAUUUACUGUUCAUCAGAUACUAGUCUCAAAAGAUGUUAAUUUAUGUAAAGUGUUUCAAAGAAGUUUAUACUUGAAAAUAAAAUCUUUAAAAUACA